AUGGUAAGGAAGUUCACUCAUAUCGGUGUAUAUGGAUGGGGUGAUUGGACUUGCGAGGCCAAAAAUAACUUCUAUUAUCUUAUGAGUCCUUGGGAUACUUAUCAAGACAAGAAAUGUUACGAAAACUUUUUUCAGAAUGCUAUGGAUCGAAGACUUUUGAAGCUGGUUAUUAAAGAAUCGUCGAUGGUUAAAAGGAGUCGAUUGCAAAGCAAUCAUCGAGGCAUCAGCAUAGUCCGAGACCCAAAUUUUCUUAGUAUACUCCAAGAUUUUGCGAAGGACAACGCGGAUACACGCUCAAUUAUCGUUGUAUUUGUUGCAAGUGAAAGCUUGAUAUCACAAUUUCAACAAUCUCGUUCUGCCUGGUCACGGGCAAUUAUUCCUUUGGAAAUAGAUGAUAUCCCAGAUGAACAAGCAGUAAAAUUCCUGCAAGAUUUUAAUGUUGACCCCAAAAUCGCUGAAUAUGCAGUGAAAUAUCUGACAGGUGGGCGAUUUGCUUUAUUGACGAAUUUCCACAGUAUAUAUAAAAUCAAUCCUGGGGAAAAUUCGCUUAAAAAAUCAAAGGAGAUACUGUUUUGGCAGAUUGAGGGAAAAUUGUUUACGGUAGGACUUCCUACAAACCAUGAAUUUUUCAGAAAGCUUAUCGAAGUACAUCAUUGUAUUGAUAUUGAGGAAGCUGAAUCCUAUAUACUUCUUGACAUGAUUCGUAAACUUGUCAAGGUCAAUAUUCUCAAAGAACAUCAGGACUACACAGUAUCUUUUCAUUCAUACCUACUUUAA